UGCUUUUGUCUCCAUCCAGUCGAGCAAUCAUGCUAGGACAUAUUGCAGGAAAUGCAGCCAUCCAGUGGUUUUUAUUCCAUAUUUUCCACCCCCAAUGUUCCCCCAGAAGUGAUUCCUUUAUAUUACGUAGGUGGCAGACCUUAAUGUACCGUUCCUUUUCAGAUCAGCCCGACGUUUUUCCGUCUUCGAGACCUACGAAACAGGAAAUGCUAGAUCUGAGAGCUGCAAUAUAGAAGACAAUGGCAGUCAGAAUGAGCACAGUUCGAUGGAGCGCCAAAAUGCGCCAUUCAGCCUUAUAAACUCAAGUGUUCGCCGAAAAUGAGAAUACACAUCUGGAUUCGAAGUGUGUUUGGAUUUACGGUUAUAGUGAAAUGUAUUCUUGCGGCGUCUCUGGUGUCGAAGCCCGAUGAGAAGGUGCACGAUCAGGAAUACUGGUACGAACAAGCAAGGAUAUCGCUGAGAAAGAGGUUACAGUAUGCAACAGAUCUCAGGCCACAUGCAAAGAAUGUCCUGCUCUUCGUUGGUGAUGGUAUGGGCGUUGCCACAGCUACUGCCGCUAGAAUAUUGCGCGGGCAGAGAAUGGGGAAGAAGGGUGAGGAUCAUGAUUUGGCAUGGGAUACAUUCCCCGCAGUGGCCUUUGCGAAGACGUUCAACAUGGACGCCCAAAUAGGCGAAUCUUCCGCAUGCGCAACGGCGCUCAUGUGCGGCGUUAAGACCAACUUCGAAACUGUGGGAUUGGACGCUAGGGGUCGAUUCGAAAACUGUUUUUCCAGCUUUUCCUCAAGAGUAUCAUCGCUCAUCGACUGGGCACAGGAGUCAGGAAAAUCAACCGGCAUCGUGACAAACACAAGGAUAACGCACGCCACCCCCGCGGCUCUGUACGGACAUUCUCCAUCGAGAUAUUGGGAGGAUGACUCCAAAGUGCCACCCGCCUCCCGCAAGUCCUGUAAGGACCUGGCCCGUCAGCUCAUCGAAAACGACCCUGGCCGUAACAUAAAUGUCCUGAUGGGCGGGGGUAGACGUCACUGGCUGCCCAAAGUCGCCCACGACCCUGAGCAGACAAAGGAGGAAGGAAGGCGCCUCGACGGGCGUAAUCUCAUCGACGACUGGGUUCGAGAUAAGAAAAAGCGCAGUCUUAAGUCCGAAUACGUAUGGAACAAAGGCCAACUUGAUAAAAUUAACCCCAAUCAAAUCGACUACUUGCUGGGUUUAUUCUCCUACUCCCAUAUGGACUUCGAGGCCGACCGUGAUCCAGGGCCUACUGGGGAUCCCUCCCUGGCCGACAUGACGCGCUCUGCGCUCUCCAUCCUGCUGAAGAACCCUAAAGGAUUUUUUCUGUUCGUCGAAGGAGGUCGUAUCGAUCAUGCCCACCAUUACAACAAUGCCUACCGAGCCCUGGACGAGACUCUGGCAAUGGAAACGGCCCUUUUGGCAGCAUUAGCCCUCGUGAAUCCCACUGAAACAUUAAUAGUUGUAACGUCCGACCAUUCGCACGUUCUAACAAUGGGAGGUCAGGCCACUCCGAGGGGUCAUCCCAUCCUGGUUAGAUCCGGCAUUUGUUACGUGCUCACGUGA